GCUAAUUGAGAACCUUUUAAAAACUCAACAGUCUCAUUUCCAUGUGAAUCACUCGCAUUUUCUCUCUCCUACCCUGCAAACAAUUUCCCCCCUUUCUAUCUGUCUGAUUUUUAUUUCCAUUCUCUCUCUCUCUCUCUCUCUCUCUCUCUCUUUCUCAUUCUUCUUGUCUUCCACAACCUGAACGGAGCUUCCUGAAUAUUUCAUAAUCUUCUUUUAUCUUCGGAGGUAUCAGCGAGAUGGAGAUGGUGAUGGAGCUUUCUCUGUCCUCAAUCGCAUCUCUCUCACAUGCCGAACCUUUCUUCGAUCCUCGACUACCUCAACCGUCUCCUAUAACUUCUAUUUCCGUCAAUCCUCGAAGCUGUAAGUUUCGACGCUUUUAAGAUUUCGCUUCUAGUAUUGAAUUUCUUUCAACAUUUGUGUUGCAAUUUCGCCAUCUGUUGAAGCUGAGUCUUUUUCAAGAAAGUAGAAACUUAUAUAAUUUUUCUGCAAGCUGUGAUCAUUUUGGUGUUACUUGUACUUCGUAUUGGGGAUUUAUGUUGAUAAAAUUGUGUUUUAGUUGUUCCGGUAAAUUCUAGGGUUUGUGCUGUGGAAAUUUAGUAAAAUCACGAUUUCUGGUUGAAAUUGAGUUUAUGGUGAUGCCGGAUAUGGAAUUAGGGUUUAUGAAGCCGAGUGUGCCGAACUUAAAGGAACAGCUUGCUAGAAAAUCUUUAAGGAAUGUUAGAUUACAGGGGCAUACAUAUGUUGAUCUUAGAGAAGAUGGGAAACGUUUUAUCUUCUUCUGUACAUUGUGUUUGGCGCCGUGUUAUAGUGAGGAUGUGUUGCUUCAGCAUUUGAAAGGGAACCUUCAUAAGGAGAGGUAUGCUGCUGCUAAAGCCACAUUGAUAGGAGAGAACCCUUGGCCUUUUGAUGAUGGCAUUCUUUUCUUUAAUAAUAACUGUGAUGAUGAGGAAAAAGAUACUCCUUCUCAAGGCAAAGCGAAAAUUAACUUGUUGGAUGAUCGUGAAUUUGUGGGGGAUUUAGCUAUUGUUGUUCACAAUGAUGUGUCAAGAACAACUGGUAAUGGGCAUACAAAUGGGAAUGAAGACAGUAUGGAUGACUGUUUAGGUGAUGACUCUUAUUCUCAUGAUGAAGAAAUUGUUAAUGAGUUGGUGAUUCCCGGAGUUAUUGGUAAGGAAGAAGUUUCAGACCUACAUGUGAGGCUGAUGGGAUAUGGGAAGAUUUCUGCAAGGUUUUUGGAAAAGGACGGGGUUCGUAAUGGUAUGCAACGACUUUGGUGUGGAUGGUUAGGGAAGGUGGAUGCUGCAAGUAAUGACAUUCAUUCUAGUCUGCCCUCUCAUGACUUCGCUAUUGUGACAUUUAGUUACUUUUAUGACUUGGGAAGACAAGGGUUGUUUGACGACAUGAAGACAUUGUUACUUACCGGUGGAAAAGAUAGAAGUUAUGGUGAUGGCUCUAUGAAGAGGAGAAAGAAAUCGUUUUCUGAUUCAGAAGAUGCUAACGAGGCGCUGAGUCAUCAGUGUUAUUCAUCUGGGGAAGAUUCUCAAAGUUCAUCUAUCACAAGUUCAGCUUUGCUUUUGCAACGUUAUGAUGACCAACUUCUGCAGUCUAGAAUCAUAUCUAACAAGACAUUGAGACGAAAAUUGAGAAAGCAGCGUCGCGCAGCAUCUGAAAAAAUGUGUGAUAUCUGUCAACACAAGAUGUUGCCGGGAAAAGAUGUUGCUACUCUCCUGAAUAUGACUACUGGAAGGCUUGCUUGUUCCAGCAGAAAUGUGCAUGGGGCAUUUCAUGUGUUCCAUACUUCAUGCCUCAUACACUGGAUACUAGUGUGUGAGCAUGAAAUGUUCAUGAAGCCACCUGUGCUUCCCAAAGUGAGACGCAGAUCCAAGAGGAAGAUGAAAUCUAAGGUUAAUCAAAUGGGGACAGAUUGCAGACCAGGUACUGGUGUCAAGCGUAAGCAAACUAGGAAGGAAGUUGAAGGAACCUUAUGUCACCAAAUCAAUUCGGUGUUCUGCCCUGACUGUCAAGGGACUGGGUUGCAAAUUGAAGGAGAUGAACUGGAAAACCCGAAUAUACCACUUUCAGAGAUGUUCAAGUAUAAAAUUAAGGUGAGCGACGCACAUAGAGCAUGGAUGAAAUGUCCAGAAGAGUUGGAGAUUUGCUCAACAGGAUUUGCCUUUCCUAUCCAGACUGUUGACGCAGAGGGAAAGGUGGACGACUUGAAGUUGCUACAUCUUUACAGGGCAGAUGAAGAUAGCUGGUGCUAGAGUUUCAGAGAUUUACAUUUUGCUAUCGACCAGUUUGUAGUUCUUGGUAUGAACAAAAUCAGUCUCCGCUUUUCUGUAGAAUUUCCUGGUUUGGUAUGGUCAGCUGUACAUUGAUAAAUUUUAGUAGGAUGUAAAGGUUAGCUGUUGGAAAACAUAGUAGAUUUGUAAAGAAUUAGCUGUGAGCCUCUGUAAAUGAAUGGCCAUUUGGUA